AACUUAAGUUUUUUUAUAAUACAAAUAAUCUCAAUUUAAAUCAGAGAAAUAAAAAAAUAUUGAAAAAACAAUUUAAAACAACCUGUGCCUGCAAUUGGGUUAGAAAACUAGUUUUAAUAAAGUUUUUAGCGAAGUUCACAUACAACUUUGGCAAAACUCCAUUGAUCACAAAAGUUAAAAGGAGCGAUCAUCGUUUCAAAUGGGUCACAACAAGCCCAGAAGAUUCAAAACCAAUCACUCCCAUCGAGCAGCUGCUCAGUCCAGUCGGUCCCAUCAGAUUCCUGGAGAUGCUGACUCCCUCCCCACUGAGCCAGAUGCUGAAGAGCAGCCCAUUGUUCCAAAAAUUCAGCUUGCCAUGUGGGAUUUUGGACAGUGCGAUUCAAAAAAAUGCACAGGACGCAAGCUUUCAAGAUUCAAUUUUCUGAAAGAGCUGCGGGUUAGUAACAGUUUUGGUGGCAUUGUAUUAAGUCCUGCUGGGACACAAUGUGUCUCAAAGGAAGAUCAGAGUUUGAUGAAUCGGAAGGGGUUGGCUGUUGUAGAUUGCUCCUGGGCUCGUUUGGAUGAUGUACCAUUUACAAAACUACGAUGCGUUGCUCCUCGUCUCUUACCGUGGUUGGUAGCAGCAAAUCCAAUAAAUUAUGGCAGACCCUGUCAACUAUCCUGUGUCGAGGCAUUAUCUGCAGCGUUAAUUAUAUGUGGUGAAAGGGAAACCGCAGAAUUGUUGCUUAGCAAAUUCAAGUGGGGACAUGCUUUUCUGUCUCUUAACAGAGCACUUCUAAAGUCGUAUUCUGAAUGUGAAAGCAGCGCUGAUAUGAUAGUUGUUCAAAAUGCCUGGCUUUCCCAGCAAAGCCCACGUGUAGUGAAAGGUCUUCCAGAUGUUGAUACAACAGCUGACGCCGCUUGCAGUAAAGAAGAUGGAUCUUAUGACUCGGAAGAUGGACUCCCACCACUUGAGAAGAAUUUAAAUCACUUAAACUCGGAGGAAAGUGAAGAUGAGGAAUGUUACACUUCAGAAGAUGGACUGCCUCCACUUGAAAAGAACUUAAAUCAUAUAAACUUGGAUGUAAGUGAAGACGAGGGAUCAUGUGAUUCAGACGGCGGCCUCCCCCCACUCGAAAAGAAUCCGAAUCAUAUAACUUUGGAGGACAGCAAUACAGAAAGCUCGUAGAUGUCAGAUGCUACUGCAGUAUUGCUCUGGAGUUCAGAUGGCUAUGCAUGUACUUGUAUUUUGAGAUAAUAAUAAUAAUCUUGAACAGUUUGUUCGGACAUUUUUGGUUUUUGUCCUUUAUAUAUGUAGUAUUGUAGCAUGCUUACUUCUUACUAUUCUGGAACUCAUCUGGGUGACUGGGUCCAUUAAACUACCAUGAUUGUAACUGUUAUUGUGAUUUAGAGCGCGUUUGGUUGAAUUUUAAAUUUAUGAUUUAA